GGCGCAGAGAGGAAAAAAAAAUCCUCCACGCGUGUAGGACAUUAAUAUCUACACCACAUAAAAAAAAGUGCCCUUUAUUCUAGUUCUCUCCCCUGACUUACUCCGUGUUGUGUUGCCGACCUUUGUUGCAAGAAAUGGAUGUAUAAAAUUCACAAGGGAACCCAACACACCAAAAGGACACAUUGCACAAACGAUGGGAAUUUUAUGACGUCAGCUAAUUGGCCUAGUGUUUAAUUGGCUUAGUAUUAUUUAUUUCACAGUGUGAAAAUUUCUAGCAGUAAAUGAUUCAGAUUACACUGAACAAAAUGUGAAAGAUAAACGCUUGACAUGGCAUCUACAUCAAAACCUUUAACUUACCAGCUGAUAUUUUAGCUACAAAGAUCGUUUUUGUGGAUAACUAAAGGGCGACUACUAAGAAAAAAGGGAUAUAACUCUUGUCGAAUAACUUACACAAAAUGGCGAACGCAGAAGAAUUUUCAAAUUCAUCAUCAAUUAAUAGUUUCAGUCUUUUCAACGAUACUGACAACGGUACUUCGUUUGAUUAUGAAUACGACACGGAAGUCAACAACAACACAAUGCUUGAUAACAACACCAUUUACGACCCUCCCUCGGUGUACGUCGCACCGGAUGAGUCAAAUUUCACCAUGACGUUCUCCGAUAUCACGUCUUUAGUGAACUUUACAUCCACCGCCGACAUAUCAACGCUAGCGGACCUUACGUCAUACGGACUGACCAACUCCACAGCAGUGGCCAGACUCUUCAACACAACAACUCUACCCCUGACCGACCCCACCACACUAUACCCCACUCUACCGGCUCUCAACAUCACAGCUGUACCCAACAUCUCGGAGCUGGAACGGCUGCAGUACCUGGGGGAGCUACAGCAGCAUACGAGUCUCGUCAUGAUCCCAGCUAUGAUUUUUCUUAUCACCCUCUCCAUCACAGGACUGAUCGGGAAUUCCCUCGUGCUAUUUGUGUACUCCCAGAGAUUCCGGAAAACUUCGACAAGAAUUUAUGUGCUGGCUAUUGCGUCAUUUGAUAUCGUGGCCAACGUCUUAUGUAUCCCAGGUGAGAUCUACGACAUGUUUCACAUCUGGGACUUCGACAACAGACCUUUGUGUCGGGCUAGGUUGUUCUUCAACGCUUUCAGCACGCUGAGUUCAGCUAUGGUUUUGUUGGCGGUGGCCGUUGCUAGGUACAGGAAGGUGUGUGUGCCGUACGGCUGGCAGACGACCAUCAAACAAGCCCAGUACGUCAGCGUGCUCAUCUCCUUCCUCGGCGUCCUCUUCUCCAUCCCCUACGUCCUCAUCAACGGGCGCCAGACUAAAAAAACACCCCGCUCUGACAUUUCCGGGUACGAGUGCACCACGGACGACGACUACGUCAACACAAUAUGGCCGCUGCUGAACGGAGGGUUUUUUUUCGUGUUGUUUAUUUUCUGCUGCGUGCCUUUUAUUUGCCUGUACGUGAGGAUUGGUCUUCAAGCGUGGCGACACAGCGCGAUUCACGGAUCUUCAUCCAAUGUGCCACAGAGAUCCUACACAACAAACUCCAGUUCUAUUGAUCAAAUCGGGAAUUCAAACAAUAACAUCCCUUCGUCUGUGAAACCGAAAGUGCUUGGGCUGCGUAGGAAAUCGGAAAAAUCCGUUUGCAGUACGCCUAGCGCGGAUUUCGGAAGUGUUGAAGAUGAUAUUGCUGCGUACGUGGAGGACGAGCAAACUUUGGGAAGUUCCGAUAAAUACACGGUGCGUAUUUUGGACGACCGUGUGGAAGUCAGUACCCCAAUGAUGGGAGACUUCAUAGUUCAGUUAAAGAACGCGACGACCACGGGAGAUGUGAUUUCUCUAGACGAGAUUAAAUCAGAGACGGUCGCGGAGAAUUCACCUCGACCUAAACGUAACACAGUCGCGGGGAGUUCAAAGGUCAAUACUGUUGAAUUUUCGAACCGUCAGUAUAUAGACAACGAUCGAGAAAAACAAAAUGUAGAUUCGAAAACGGAUAUUCGUAGCAAUAAUACGGAUAUAAAAAUGGACACUAACGUGAAUAAUAGUAACCCAAUUUCAAGUAACAGGAAUAUUGAAAAUAAUAUUCAAAACAACGAAGGUUCUCAGGAGAGGAUAUUUGUGGUUGAGAGAGAAAAACCGGAAGUGGACAAGACAGGCGAGGAACCGGAAACCGCAGACGAAGAUCCGGUUGCCGCCCUGAAAUGGAUCGACAUCAUUUUCUGUCCGCAGCAGAGCACCGAGCCAGAACCGGAUACCAAAGACUCCAAAGAAGGAAACGGGUUGUCCUUCAGGUUGUCCACCACCAACUCCAUCCUUCAGAAAACGGAGUGGUUGAGGAAUAUCGUUUCCGAAGCGUUAAAAUCUAAAGCCCGGAAACGCUCGAACAGUAAAUCAACGCCCAUGGAUAAUCUAAAUAUCGAGAUGAAACCAACAAGUAGCGAAGGAACUGAUGAUGUUUUUUACAACCAAAUCGAGUCACCGUCUUCAAUAGGCAGUGUCCACACGGGAAGGCCCUCAAUACAACGACUUCCUCGACGUAAAUCGUCAACACAAACUGUUAAUCAACCAAGAAGGCGACCUUUAGGCAGAACAACCGCCAUGUUGAUUUCUAUCAGCGCCGUCUACACGUUGAGUUUCAUCCCCUACUUAAUCCUGAGUGUUUUUAGAAUCGCUUCCCCCGACCAGUACGAUGAAAUGGGGACAGCGGAAAUGAUUUUUUAUAAUCUCUUUCUCAGGACGUAUUUUCUCAACUGCGCAGCCAACCCGAUUAUUUAUAGCCUGUGUGACGUCAACUUCCGCCGGGAGUGUCAAAAGCUGUUAGGAUGUUUAAAAUAGCUUUGUAAACACCGCUCGUUUGUAAACUAAAUAUUAGUUAGUGAUGGAUAGAUGAAGAAAAUACUCUUGUCACCUAAACGCAAAGGUGAUUCUCAUUGUUUAUUGGUUAAAGGAAAAUCGGCGCUCAAAUUAUGUUUCCAAUCCUUGUUUUUAAAAUUUAAAAAUAGGUUUGUGGUGAACUUAUUAUCUAUUCAUCUCUGUGGGUCUACUUCCACGGAUAACUUUGGCCUGAUUUAUCCGCUUUCUUCCAUUAAGACAUGUCUGCUGUCUUCUUCCAAAUUU